GAGUGUGUGAGAUUGGCGUGAAAAGUGGGUUGCAAAUCUUUGAAAAUACGAGAAGUUACUUCAACUCCAUUAUUUACUUACAUUGAAUAAGUAAGUAAGCUAGUUCAACUUCUCACUCAAACUCCUCUUGGGGACCCUCAUUUACUACGCUUGCACAGCUGUCGUGUGUAACCAGAGAUCCUGUAGCAGGUAGGUGUCGUUGUGGUGGAAGAGAGAGGAGGGCAGACAGCCGAUUGUUGUACAGGAUGACUGCCUCCCAUUUUCAGCAGUUCAACGAUGGAACUUGAAGCGAGAAGAACCUGUUGCGACAAUUAGUGACGACGGGACAAGAGACUAAACUUAGUCUGAAGACUGAAGAAAGAGAAGACGGGUUUUAAGCUUUAUCAAAAUGCCUUUUUAUGGACUAUUCGCUCACUUGUAUAUUUCCAUAACAUUUGGAAAAUUAAUUACAGCGGACCUGGCUGACUUUUCAUGACAAAUCCACUGGCCACCCGAAUGGAGAGCUCUCUGAGGAGCGUGUGCGCAAUGGAAUUCUUCUUUCGAAAGAAAAAGAAUUUAAGGACUGCGGUCAGCCUGACUUUGGUUUUUGCCACUUUACUGAUGCUUCAGAAGUUAAUAACAGUGGACACGAAUUUCAAAGAUACCAAAGUCGACGUGAAACGCCAAUGGUGUGGCCCCACAUGUAAAAGCAUAAAGGCCAUUGAAAAUUCAUCCGACGGUAAUGGCUUGGCGCCGGUGGGAAAACCCAUGCCAAGAAAAUGGGACGUGGAUAAAAUUAAGUGUCGUGAAAAUUCGACGAUGAAGACCCAAGCCUGGUUUCGUCGUUUGAGCCCAAGAUUUCACGAAUUUGUCCUGCACAGACAUUGCAGAUACUACCCAAUGUUGCUGAAUCACCCGGAGAAGUGCAGCGGUGAUGUGGAUGUUCUGGUCGUGGUCAAAUCGGUUAUCGAAGAACAUGACCGGCGAGAAGCCGUGAGGCAGACCUGGGGAAAGGAGCAAGAAAUCCAGGGCUUGAAAAUCAAAACACUAUUUUUAUUAGGCACUCCAGCCACUGGCAAAGACGCGCGAAAUUUACAAGCCCUGGUCCAAUAUGAAGACCGAACCUACGGGGACAUCUUACAGUGGGACUUCAUGGACACCUUCUUCAACCUCACCUUAAAGGAGGUGAACUUUCUGAGAUGGUUCAACAUCUACUGCAGUGGCGUUCCCUUCAUCUUCAAAGGGGACGAUGACGUUUUUGUCCACACCAAGAACCUGGUGGAACUAAUUGGCUUUAGGGUGGAGGAAAACAGGGUGGAAAACCUCAUUGUAGGAGACACCAUUUUUGAAGCCAAACCGAUCAGAAACCGCCAGAGUAAAUAUUUCAUUCCUAAAGAGUUGUAUGAUAAACGUUAUCCACCUUAUUUGGGUGGAGGAGGAUUUCUCAUGUCUUCUCUGGUGGCCCGCAAGCUCUUUGCGGUUUCUGAGAGCGUGGAGCUUUACCCCAUUGAUGAUGUGUUUCUGGGCAUGUGCCUUCAGAAGCUAAAGAUUGUCCCCGAGCUGCAUCUGGGCUUCCGGACAUUUGGGAUCAUUAAGCGUAAAGUGACUCCUCUGAACCGGGAGCCGUGCUUCUUUCGCAGCCUCAUCGUGGUGCACAAACUCGUUCCGCAGGAGCUGCUGCAAAUGUGGAGGCUUGUUCAAAACGAGGACUUGAUAUGUGCCAGACAAGUCGUAAUAAUAAGAUGAGUAUUUAUUAAGACGGAGAAGAUUUUUUUCUUCUGCUCCAAAUGAAGCGUAUUUGUAAUUUUCAUCUUUUCUUUUUGUGAUUUUGUAAGGAAGGAUGAUGAUUACUUGUGUUAUCAACUGUAAAAUGUAAUAAAUCACAAGUCUUUCAA